GACAAUUACCACAACAUCUUCACUCAGCCAACUUUAUUGAGAUUUACGCCUUUAUUUACAGUUUCUCAAGCUGUCCAAUUCAUAGAUAAAAUGGACAUGCGUGGCCUACGCUUCCUAGGCAGAUGUCGCAAAAUAUGCCGCCCACAGUCUUUUAAUCAACUUACGACCAACGGAACGAGACGAUUUUCACAGCAAUCGAACUUGCGACAGCAAGCAUCGACAAACGACCAUGCUGGAACGAAGCAAAAGAAUACAUCUACAUUAUACUACACUGCCAGUAUUAUAGUCGGCACACUCGCUCUCGCCUAUGGAUCCGUGCCUUUAUAUAAGAUGAUAUGCCAACAAACCGGCUGGAAUGGUCAACCAGUCCAAGUCCACAAAGCCGGUGACGGCGACACAGCCUCUCGACUCAAACCCGUCACCGACUCUCGUCGUCUCCGAAUCACCUUCAACGGCUCCGUUUCCGACGUCCUACCCUGGAAAUUCACCCCUCAACAACGAGAAGUUCGCGUCCUUCCCGGCGAAACCGCGUUAGCAUUCUAUACAGCCACGAAUAAAGGUACCUCGGAUAUCAUUGGUGUUGCGACUUAUAGUGUUACUCCCGCGCAGGUGGCGCCGUAUUUUAGUAAAAUUCAAUGUUUUUGCUUUGAAGAGCAGAAAUUGAAUGCAGGCGAGUCGGUGGAUAUGCCGGUUUUCUUUUUUAUUGAUCCGGACUUUGCCAAGGACCCGAGUAUGAAGAAUAUUGAUACGAUUACGUUGUCGUAUACUUUUUUCAAGGCACGGUAUGAUGACAAUGGGAUUUUGCGACCUACGGCAUAGGAGACAAAAUCGCAUGAAGAGAGAUACCCGACAAAAAUUUCGACGUUGCAGAUAUUAUGUACUAUCAUCAUUGUAUUGCAUUAUCAGACACUCAGCUCAUAUACAUUCACGGCGUUCUUGUGUAUGGAAUCGGAUAUAGAAGGAAAUAUAUAUAUGGGUAGGGGUUUGGCUGUACAUA